AUGAUGGGGAAGCUCGAAUGGUUUUACAAGAGUGUGUUGCAGAAUGGAAAUAUGGAAAGGGACGUGGUGGAAGUGAAAGAAUGUGGGGCGACUUCCGAAAUGGUCGUGUUUUGUUUUGAUACUCUACUCGCGGCCUUAUAUGGAAAGCCUCUUCCCGUUUGUCCUUCCACGAUUUCGAACGACAAGUUCCCUUUAUUUGUUACAUGGAAAAAAGGAUCUCAUUCUCGCUUACGCGGAUGCAUUGGCACGUUUGCUCAUCUGAAAUUACAUGCAGGGUUAAGAGAUUAUGCUUUAACAAGUGCGUUCAGAGAUUCUCGUUUCAACCCUAUAAUACUUGCGGAACUGCCUGAUUUGAGCUGUUCGGUUUCCCUCCUCAUCAAUUUCGAACCUGCGAAAAACUAUUUGGAUUGGACAGUUGGAGUACACGGUAUCAGAAUUCAUUAUUUUGAUGGCGUUGCUCAACGAGAUGCUGUUUAUCUCCCCGAAGUAGCGGCUGAACAAGGCUGGAAUCACAGAGAGACCAUCGAUAACUUGAUUGAGAAAGGAGGGUAUAACGGUUUCAUAGAUGAAAGAUUCCGUAUGAAUGUAAAAGUUGUUCGAUUCCAAUCCAGUAAAGUUACCUUAACAUAUCAUGAGUUCUUAAGUAUGAAGAGCAUCAAACAAAGAAACCUCAACAGAUGA